AUGACUGCGUCGCAGGAUAGAGCUAGUGCCGACCCUGACGCGACUAGCGCCAGGACGUCUCUUCCACCCGCGUCGCUGUCAGAGUCGCUGAAUGAAAAGGCAGAUCUGAAAGAAGCUGUUGUUGUUGCGAAUGACGACGCUGGUGAUACGCCGAAGGUGGUGUAUCAGGAGGGGUGGAAGCUAUGGAUCGUCUAUGUCGCGACGCUGCUGACUAUGUUUCUUGUACCGCUCGACAUGACCAUAGUAGCAACUGCCAUCCCCAAGAUCACGGAAGAAUUCCAGAGUCUAGAUCAAGUUGGAUGGUAUGGUUCGGCAUUCUUCCUGACGUUAGCAGCCUUCCAGGCGCCAUGGGGGACAAUUUACAAAUACUUCCCGCUAAAAAUCGCCUACGCCGUCUCCGUUUUCAUAUUCGAAUUCGGAAGUCUGAUUUGUGGUGUUUCGAGGAACAGCCAAAUGCUCAUCGCGGGCCGUGUGAUCACCGGCUGCGGAGGCGCGGGUAUUACUAUCGGUACCUAUGUUAUCAUUGCUCAUCUUGUCCCUGCCGCAAAAGCUCCAGCUUUCAUCGGUGGUAUAGGGGCUGCUUUUAGCAUUGCGAGUGUAGCUGGUCCAUUAGUUGGGGGCGCUUUCACCGGAGAAGUUACGUGGCGGUGGUGUUUCUACAUUAACUUACCUAUUGGUGGCGCUGCAUCCAUCAUCUUCUUCGCUCUAUUCCCGAAGCCAAGUAUACCGCCCCAGCCAGCGACUAUUAGGGAGAAGCUCCUAGGGUUGGAUCCGUUAGGAACUAUUCUUGCGGUUACAUCUAUCAUAUGCUACUUCCUUGCUCUUGAAUGGGGUGGUGUAUCAAAGGCAUGGAAUAGCGCAGAUGUGAUUGGGACGCUCAUCGGCUGGAUUCUUCUUGCUAUUGCAUUUGGUCUAGUGCAAUGGUUUCUAAAAGAGCGAGCAUCAAUUAUCCCCCGAAUCCUCGCGCAGCGUCACGUAUGCGGUGGCGCAGCUUUCAUGUUCUUACUGAGUUGCGCCAACUUCAUGAUGAUUUACAAUCUUCCGCUUUACUUCCAAUCUGUAAAGGGAUCUAGUCCGACUUUGAGUGGUAUUCAAGUCCUGCCACUCAUUGUUUCUGCCUCCGUGACUGUUAUUGUCAGCGGUAUUCUCUUUACAAAAUUCCCUUUCUAUCAACUUUACCUCCUUAUUGGUGCUAGCUUAACCGCGAUUGGUGCUGGACUACUUUACACUCUCGAAGUAGACUCGUAUGCGGGAGCAUACCUAGGGUAUCAGUUUGUAGUCGGUAUCGGAAAUGGCGCGUGUCAGCAGAUUCCUCUUACGGUCGUUCAGGCUUUUUCUAAACCUGAAGACUUGGCUACGUCAAUGUCCACCCUUCUUUUCUUCCAGCUACUAUCAGGUGCCAUGUCUGUAGCUGCGGCCCAAUCCCUCUUCAUAAACCGCUUGCUCUCCGCUGCUUCUAUCCGUGUCCCAGACGCCGACCGCGCAACCAUCAUCGCCACUGGAGCUACUGAUCUCCAACGAGUAUUUCCUGGUGAACAGUUGCUGGGGAUUCGCGAAAGCUAUUUGGAUGGAUUGCACGCCGCGUGGGCUAUGGCUAUUGCAUUUGCGGGUGCUGCUUUACUGACCGGGUUGACACUAGGAUUCAAGAGAAUUGAAAAGCCUCAGGGAGAGCCGACGAAGGACGUCGAAGAGAGCCAGGGGACUGAAGUAAAGGUGGAGGGGAAUGGAGCGCUAGGUAAUGGCGAGAAAGCGUAA